UUGUAAACACUUGCUCUCUGAGCAAGGAGUGCUCUUCUUGGCCGCAAACAGGACAGGUGCCUGGGCUAUCUCUUCUAAAACACAAAACAGACUAGAAGAUCAUUGCCUGGAUUAUCUAGAUUGAUAGAAAUAGAAUUCCUUUUCACAUCUGAAAUGCCAGACAGUGAGGAUCUGGGACAAGAUGAAAGCUGGAAGAUCAUCAAUUCCAGGCAAGACUACAGACCCAGAAUAAAUCAGUGCAUUUCAGAAACACUUAUGAAUUUAUUUGUGUUUCUUCAAGAAAUGUCCCACUUCAAGGAACAAAACCCUGGCAAGUUUUGCCUGCUAGUCUGCAGUAUAUGUACAUUUUUCACUGUCUUGGGAAGCUACAUUCCUGGAGUCGUCCUCUCUUACGUCUUGUUAUUGUGUGCCUUUUUAUGUCCCUUCCUGAAGUGCAAUGAAUUUGGACAGAAAGUGUGCAGCAAAAUUAAGACUCUUCUGAUUAAGUUAGAUUUUGGAGUAGUGGAAUAUAUCAUCCAGAAGAAAAAAGAGAGAUCUGAAAGAGCAAAAACAAAACCCACAGAAGAUGACAGUGAAUUAGACAUAUCAGCUCUGUGUCCUAAGGUUAGUCCUACAGUUGUUGCCAAAGAGCUGUCAGUGUCUGACACAGAUGUAUCGGAAGUAUCUUGGACCGAUAAUGGGACCUUUAAUUUAUCUGAGGGGUAUUCUCCACAGACAGACACAUCUGAUGAUUUCGACCGACCUAGUGAUCAUGAAGAAGCUUUCACUAGAGAUCUUUCAGAAUUUCCUUCUUUAGAAAAUGGUGCUGGAACCAAUGAUGAUGAUGACUCAAGCAUCAGUAUGCCUAUCCAGAAAAAACAAAAAAAAGAACAAACAUAUCUCAAGGUGGAUCAUGCUUCCAGACAGAGUAAAGAGAGACCAUCUACAGCAGGGCUUUCCUUGCCUUUGACCGGUGACCAAACCUUUAACUUAAUGAGUGGAAUUGCUGGGGAUGUCAUCGCAGCUGCAGUGUCUGCUGCCAUCAAAGACCAGUUGCAGUCCACACAGCAAGCUCCCUCACAUGCAGUGCCCAGUUUGAGUGAGGAGACAGACACAGAGGAAGCUGAUGAUUUUGAACUGCUUGACCAGUCUGAGCUUGAGCAGAUUGAGAAAGAAUUGGGACUUUCACAAGGCCAACAAACAGAAUCCCAGGAAAAGAAAAAGUCUUCAGGCUUUCUUUCAAAUCUGCUUGGAAGCCAUUAACCUGGAAAUUGUAGCUGGUAACAUAGAAGAAAUUAAACAUAAAAAAAAAAUCAAAUGCAAAAAAAAA